CUUCCUGUGAAGACACGUGUCUCAACUGUUUAGUUCCUUGUCAAACAACCACCGCAAGGCUGAGACUCGACCAGUCAUAUCACACACUGUCACUUCAUUAUGUGACCACAAAUGAAAUGUAAAGUCCAGAAACUGUGUGCGCGAAUGCAAGGAAGGAGAUGACAGACAAGUACAAUCAUUAUCACCAGCCCAGUGAUGUACUGUAUUAUUGAACAGGCCUCCCCUCUUCUGUCACCCCAUCCUGACCUGCUACUACAGGUCCCACCGCUACUGGCUGUCCUGCUACUACAGGUCCCACCGCUACUGGCUGUCCUGCUACUACAGGUCCCACCGCUACUGGCUGUCCUGCUACUACAGGUCCCACCGCUACUGGCUGUCCUGCUACUACAGGUCCCACCGCUACUGGCUGUCCUGCUACUACAGGUCCCACCGCUACUGGCUGUCCUGCUACUACAGGUCCCACCGCUACUGGCUGUCCUGCUACUACAGGUCCCACCGCUACUGGCUGUCCUGCUACUACAGGUCCCACCGCUACUGGCUGUCCUGCUACUACAGGUCCCACCGCUACUGGCUGUCCUGCUACUACAGUUCACAGACGCUGCAGUGUAUAUAGUGUGAAUUGUGUACAUUUUC